GGUGCGCCUCCGCUCAGUUGAUCGAAGAAAGUCAAAAAGUAUCAUCGACACAGAAGAGUUCAUUCACACAGCUGGACUUCAACACAAACACACAGACAUGUCAGAUUUCAAUGACUCUUUGAACGAUGUCUCUAGUGACAGCUUCUGGGAGGUGGGGAACUAUAAGCGUACAGUGAAGCGCGUGGAUGAUGGGAACAGGUUGUGUAAUGACCUGAUGAACUGCAUACACGAGCGUGCGCGCAUUGAGAAGAGUUACGCGCAGCAGCUCACUGAGUGGUCCAAACGCUGGAGACAACUCAUUGAGAAAGGUCCCCAGUAUGGGACAGUGGAACGGGCGUGGUGCGCUUUGAUGACCGAAGCCGAGAAAGUGAGUGACCUACAUAUGGAGGUGAAAGCUGCUCUGAUGGGUGAAGACUUUGAGAAGGUGAAGAACUGGCAGAAGGAUGCCUUUCACAAACAGAUGAUCGGCGGAUUCAAGGAGACCAAAGAGGCAGAUGAUGGUUUCCGCAAAGCCCAGAAACCCUGGGCCAAAAAACUCAAAGAGGUGGAUGCGAUGAAGAAAGUGUUCCACGCUGCCUGUAAGGAGGAGAAAUCUGCCACCAGUCGAGAGAGUACAAGCAAACUUGAGAACAACAACCCAGAUGUGCAGAAGAAACUGCAGGAGAAAGUGGAGAAAUGCCAACAAGAAGUCCAGAAGACCAAGGAGCGCUAUGAGAAGUCUCUGGAGGAGCUGGAUAAACUGACCCCUCAGUACAUGGAGAACAUGGAGCAGGUGUUUGAACAGUGGCAGCAGUUUGAGGACAAGCGACUGCACUUCUUCAAAGAGCUGCUGUUGAACGUCAAACAACAUCUUGACCUCUCCACCAAUCACAAGUACAAGACUGUGUAUAACACACUAGAAGAUACCAUUCAAGGAUCUGACGCAGAGGAAGACCUCAAGUGGUUCCGUUCAAACCACGGCCCGGGAAUGUUUAUGAACUGGCCUCAGUUUGAGGAAUGGUCCAUGGACUUGAAUCGAACGCUCAGUCGACGAGAAACAAAAAGGAAACACACUGAUGAUGUGACACUGACGGGAAUCAGUCAAACUGGAGAUCAAGUCUCAAAAACUAGCAGCAGCUUGACUGUGCCUGCUAGCACAGAACCAGCGUGUUUAAACCCGUUUGACGACGACGACGAUGAUGAAGAUGAAGAUGCAGCAGUUCAUCCGCCCCAGAGCAGCCCACACAAUAUCACAACAGAGCAAGUGAUUGCCAAAACGUUGGUGGACUCAAACGCCAGUAAUCUAGAGAAGACGGCCGAUUGUUCAGAUGAGGAAAUGAGCUCUAAUGCUAAUGGCAAUCCGUUUGAUGAGGAGCCGUCUUCUCCUGAGGUGUCCAGUCCCGUCCGAGCUUUAUAUGACUAUGAGGGGCAGGAGCAGGACGAGCUGAGCUUCAAAGCAGGAGAGGUGUUCACUAAGAUCGGCGAGGAGGACGAGCAGGGCUGGUGUAAAGGACGUCUUUCAGACGGGACGAUCGGACUCUAUCCUGCUAAUUAUGUAGAAGAUAGUCAGUGAGCGCGUCCGACGACAAGAUGAUUGUGUUUUACGCUAGUAGAGAUUCUUAUUGUCCUCCACACUUAUCCUGAAUGCUUGUGUGACACUGUAAAUCACCCCUGUACACUGAUCUGACAGCACUUACACAACACACACGCUACAACCACGAUUCAACUGUCCAUAAUCUCAUUUUACACUGUAUUCAAAUAUAUUCUGUUCGAAUAAAUCACAGUAGAACACAGGUGAUCGUCUAGGUUUAAUUCACUGGGUUCUUUGAGGUGUUCAUUCAUAGUCACAUUUAUCUGCCAUAUGGAGAAACAAGCGUUCCUCUGUUGCCAAAUAAUCCACUGAUACACACAGUGCUCAGGGUUCAAAUCAACAUGUCUGGAUCGUAUGCUGAACAGACUUUUUUAAAGAUAUUUUUAGGAAUGCCUUUUUGUUUUUUAUGAUUUAAGUAUAAAAUCAAUUCAAUCUCAAUUAGAAAAGAUGCUUCUAUAUUACCCCAGUGUGGACAUGGACUUUCUGUCCUCCAGACGACUUCUUCAGCCAUUCAAACUGCAUUGUGGAUCAUUUCUCUGUUCUUUCAUUUGUUUCAGGGGUUUUGGCUGUAUCUUCACCAGCACUGGACAGUAUGCUGUAGUUCAAUGCUAGCAUCAUAUAUAUAUAUAUUGAAUUUCACAAUAGAGAAGUGUUAGAACUGGAUGGAGUAGUGGGGAACAAGCAUUUAAAGGAAAUGGAUGUUCUGAAUUCUUCUUUUAAUAUGGAGGACUGUUAUUAAAUAUGCCUCAAGUGCUUUGACAUUUUCUCUAAUGCUGUGAUUCGCAAUUGGAAUGUAUAUGAAUUGAGCGCUAAGCUAUACGAAUGUUAUGAAUUCAUUGUUUUACAGUUUAAUGUAUACAUUUGACUUCCCAAUGCCACCAAACCUCUCAGGUGGUCUUUACAUUGAGCUAUAAAGCCAGGCAAAGUCUGUGCGGUGUGUGCGCGCAUGUGUGUGUGUGUUGCAGUAUUCUCACAUGGAUAUUUCAUCUAUGAGCAGUGCUAGAAUGAAAUAGACAAAUUUAAUUUGAAUGAAUGAAUGAAUUGAUAUUGUUGUACAAAUGUGGUGACAUGUUUGGUUUGCAAUAUUCAGUUACACAGUUUGGAGUUUAUUUCAUUUUGUAUAUUGUCAAGCUGGUAAUAAAUAAAC